UCCGUGAACAUGCUUCUCCAAUGGGGCUUCGACUUUUAAAUAUCCUUAUGUUAGUUAAUUUAUAUUACCAUAUGUGCCAUUUUCCCAUUCUAACAAUAAACGUUUCUUUAUUUAAUUUCUUAAAUUGUCCCGAGAAAAUAAAUUUCCGUUGAAAAAUAUGUAGGUAAUUCAAUUUAUUCGCACUCAGUCAGUUGCCCCUUUGUUCUUAAUAAUUUACAAAAUAUACACACGUUAUUAUUAGUAGAUAAAUACAUAAAUCCAAAUAAAUUCGUUAAUUUAUAUUAAAACUUUAGAAAAAUAUUUUUAAAAAUGAGCUAUGAAACUAGUGAUAUAGGUCCACCACCAGAUCCAGUUUUGGAAGUCCCCCCACCAAAAGAUAUAAAAAUAUUAGAAAGUGCUGAUGAUAUACAACAAAGAAGAACUGAAGUUUUGGAUCAUUAUGUCCAAUUUAAAGAUUUUGCAAAAACUAAAAGAGAUCGUUUAGAAGAAGCUAGACAAUUUCAAUAUUUUAAAAGAGAUGCUGACGAGUUGGAAAUUUGGAUUUUAGAAAAGUUACAGACAGCUGCGGAAGAAUCAUUUCGGGAUCCAACAAAUCUUCAAGCUAAAAUUCAAAAACAUGAAGCUUUUGUUGCUGAAGUUCAGGCACAUUCUAAUGCAAUAACAAAAUUAGAUAAAACUGGAAAUGAUAUGAUACAACAUGGGCAUUAUGAAAAAGAAACAAUUAGGAAGCGUUUAGAUCGUCUUCAUGAACUUUGGGACAGAUUAUUUUCGAUGCUUGAUAAUAAAGGAAUUAAAUUACAGCAAGCAUUGAAAUUAUUGCAGUUUAUGAGAAAAUGUGAUGAAAUGUUAUAUUGGAUUAAGGAUAAGGUAAAUAAUUAG